AGUCACAUCAGAAGCAAUGACAGGACAAGUACCUGUGGCUGUCGCCAUCAGUGGCUGGAUAUCUACAGCUGUGGUUCUGAUCUUGGUGGGAGUCGUUAUCGUUGUCAUAAAAAGAAGGGGGAAUCCUAUUCCUCAGCCGUUUGCUGACACUUAUCACAGCGACACCCCUGGCUUGAACCAAAACAGUCUGAGUCCGUCAAACAGUGCUGAUAGGGAGGACGAGUAUAUGUCACUGGAGGAUAAAACGAUGUCAACAGUUAGCCGCGUGGCUGAGUAUGUUAACGUUAAUGACAGCGAUUAUACUGCUCUUGGGAUGCCAGCAAACGAAAGUAAUCAACGACAACCAAAAGCCGCUGGCAUAUAUCAAAACGAAAUGUAACUUGUUCAAGCUCCUGUGCGGAAUGAUAAGGGACUAAACUGCGUAACAUCAUACUUAAUUAACUGUGAAAUUCAAGGCAUAACACAGAGCUUUCAGAGGGUCCCCGUGGCACAGGAACAAGUGUCAUGUACCGGAGAGGCCCCCGCAUUAGAUAGGUUCUAGCCCACUGAAUUGUAUAUGUAUAGGUUAGCCCCGCCCUUUAUUCUGACC